UUGCGUCAAGUCUGAAUCGAAGUAGGCUAGCUAGAUAUCGCCAAGCGUACUUUCCAUAUUUCUCUGUGUUCAAAUAAACAUUUUGUACAUAGCUAGACUCUUGUAAAUGUUAUCUUUGAAAUAAUCAGAAAAUUAUUAUUUUCAAAGCAAUCAACGACAACUGUUGGAUCGAAAUCUUAACCUCAUCCAGCGUUUAUAAAUGAAGCAAAUAGCUACUUGCUAGCGAUUUAGCGGCUAGCUGCUACGUUAGCUAGCUAAUCGUUAAGGGAGCUAACUAGCUAACAAGUGACAAUUCACAAAGGUAAACAAACCAACCGCUAGAAGUUGAAGGGUGGGAUGUGGAUAUAAUUUAUGUAACCUGGCGUGUUUUUUGCUAAAUGGACCAUGGAGGACCUUUGCAACGCGAGGACUGUAAUAUCGUUUAACGAGAUGAGAAAUAGAGCGACAUUCCAACAGCAACGUCGCUACUGAAAAACAAUACCAAUCCUCAAUCCCUCAUCCAUUUACACGGUGAAACCCAUCGGUGAAGGCCUGGUGUUAGUUUUUAGCUAGCUAACUGCCCCUAGCCCAUCAAAUCCACCCCUAUGCAGUAGACUGCAACAGCCGUGCCCUGGAAACGUCACCGUUGUCACACAGGAUUUGGAUGAUGCUGACACUGAUGAACCUGAGAGAGAACCCUCCUUCUGUCUAAGACACAACCAGCUGGAUUUAACACGCCCUCUCCCAGCCCUCCCCUCAGCACCCCCAUCUCCUGCACCUGAACCAUGUGAGGGCCCCUCGCUCUACUUUGAGGGGAUCCCAGGACUGUUGUAUAAAAGCAGCCGCUGAGCGGGGCCAGAGUGAACCUGUGUGUGAGCAAACAGUCUUCCCCCUAACCCCCCACCCACAUAUUCCCACCCCCCCUUCCCGUUGGGAACGCGCCAUGAUGUUCCGAGACCAGGUGGGCAUCCUGACGGACUGGUUCAAGAGCUGGAACGAGUGUGAGCAGACGGUGGCGCUUCUGUCCCUGCUGAAGAGAGCGUCUCGUACCCAGGCCCGCUUCCUGCACAUCUGCCUGGAGCACUGGCUGGCAGACUGCACUGAGAUCCACAUCCUGGAGGCUGAGGCCAACAAUGCAGACAUUGUGAGCCAGUGGCACCAGGAGCCCAUGGAGAAGGCGGUGUCCCUGCUGCUGUCCCACCUGCCCCUGCUGCAGCCCCGCAACAGCGAGGCCAAGUGUGAGUACAUGAAGCUACUGCAGAAGGUGCUAAGCUACACCAUCGAGAGCAGCCUGUUUGUGGAGGAGAGCAGACAGCUGCUGUCCUACGCCCUCAUCCACCCGGCCACAACCCUGGACGACCGCACCUCGCUGGCCAUGUGGCUCAACCACCUGGAGGAGCACCUCUCCAGUGGCUACCCAGCGCCCUCCUCCCGGCCCCCCUCCGGCCCCUACCACCCCCGUCAGGGCUCAGAUGAGUGGCCGAGCUCCGCAGAGGGCCUGGACCCUGGCCACGGCUGGCUGGACAAACCCCCCUCCUCCAGCUCCUCCCCUGCAGGGCAGAACGGACACAUGUCUUUCCAGGGUGGGAUGCCCUCGCCCAUCAACAGCAACAACGCAGGCAUGGGUCAGAUGGGCCAGCCCAGUCCUCUGAAGAGGUCCUUGUCCCUGAUCCCCUCCAGUCCCCAGGUCUGUGGCUCAGAUUGGCUGAGCCAGGACGACCUGGUGGGGAGACAGGCCUUUGACCACGCGCCCCUGUCCCCCCAGAGUAGUGUGGCAUCCUCAGGCAGCGAGCAGACUGAGGACCAGGGCUCCAGAAACACCUUCCAGGAGGACGGCAGUGGCAUGAAAGAUGUGCCCAUGUGGCUGAAGAGCCUCCGUCUUCAUAAAUACGCAGCACUUUUCUCCCACAUGACUUAUGAGGAGAUGAUGAUUCUGACAGAGCACCACCUGGAGUCACAGGUUUGUCAUCGUUUGUCACAGAAUGUGACCAAAGGUGCGCGGCACAAGAUAGCCCUCAGUGUCCAGAAGCUACGAGAGAGGCCAAGCGUUCUCAAGUCUUUAGAGAAGGAUAUAUUGGAGGGGGGCAACCUGCGUAACGCCCUACAGGAGCUACAGCAGGUUAUCAUCACCCCCAUCAAGAUCUACAGCUACAGCCCUCCCAGUGUUUCCCACAGGGACAUGGACGGGAGUGGAUCCCCCUCAGAACACUCCAACCCUGGGGAGGACAAGGACCUGGCCCAGGAGGGCUUCCAGCCCCACAACCCCCCUCCCUGCGACGGCGAGUCCUCAGCCACGCCCAUCUCAGACGGUGACAUUGCUGGCCAGUUCACGCGUGUCAUGGGUAAAGUGUGCACUCAGCUACUGGUGUCACGGCCAGACGAGGAGAAUAUCAGCUGUUACCUGCAGCUCAUUGAGAAAUGUCUGACACAUGAGGCUUUCACAGAGACUCAGAGGAAGAGGCUGGUCUCCUGGAAGCAGCAGGUUCUCAAGCUGCUCCGCCUGUUCCCAAGGAAAGCCAUGCUGGACAUGCCUGUGUACCGACAGAAAGGCUGGGCGUAUGGUUCCAACUCCCUCCCCACAGCAGGCUCUGUGAGUGCUGGGGGUCUGGCACGUAGGGGGCAGAGGGUAUUCCAGAUGCCCCCUCGUGGCCUCCCUGCCGGGCGCAUGGGUCUCCUGAGUCCAGGUGGCAUCGGGGUUGCCUCCCCACGCCACACCCUCACCAGCCCUGCACUGCCAGGCCAGGGCAGACAGAACCUGUGGUUUGCCAACCCUGGGGGCAGCAACAGCAUGCCAAGCCAGAGUCGCAGCUCUGUGCAACGGACCCACUCACUCCCUGUCCACACCUCCCCACAAACCAUGCUCCUGUUCCAGCAGCAAGAAUGCCAAGUUCCAGGUGCAGACCUGGAGAUCAACCCCACGCUGGAGUCACUGUGCCUCAGUAUGACAGAGCAUGCCUUAGGGGAUGGAAUGGACCGAACAUCAACAAUAUGAAAAUAAAAGCAGUGAAAAGAAGAAACCAAACCGACACUUCACUUCAACUGAGGCCUGUUCAGUUCCUCUUGCCCAGCACAAAAAUAUAUGCUUAAAAAACAAAGUGAAAUGGUCACUACAAAACGACAACUAACUGUGUAUAUGUUCUCUGAUAUUUUUCUACUUUAUUAUACUUAACUAAGUUUAUUAUAAAUGGAAUACAGAUUACUAUUAUAUUACAGGAGGGAGAAGAGGUUACUUCUGCAACCUGCUCAAUGUCUUCUGCAGGACUGUGACAUUAAAACGAGCAGAUUGAGGAUCAGAUUGUUGAGCUUUGAGAGGAAAAUGGAGGAUUGGUGCUGUCUUAAGGGGGUUCUACCUUACAUGUUUCUCCUCUUUUCCUCCCAGAAAAAACAAACACGCAGAGCCACGCCUCUCACCCCCAGAUACUGUAACUGUAUGACCAGGGUCUCCCAACCAGGAGUAAGGCACUUGGCCUCCCACACACUCUGUGGAAUUGGGCACUAGAACAACAAUUAAUCACACACAACACCAGCCUGUAGCGCGGUUCUGAUCCUUAAACACAACUCCAGCUGUCUACACAACCACCCUACCCUGCUACAGCCAGAGAUAGUUAGGCCCUAAUACGUAGACACACCCAACACCCUGGCUCAUUCCCCUCACGUACCCAGCAUGGGUUAACCCCCAACAUGGGUAUUACUGGCUCUGACACCUCACCUCUACUAGGCCAAAGAGAAGGGCUCUGUGUGAAUACCUGAUGUUUGGAGUGGCCAAUGCGACAGUAGACAUGGUAAUUGUUAAAACAAUGGCGGUUUGAAGGUAACAUGCCGGCUGCAGCUUGUCUGCAUUUAUAUUUUGUGCCCUACUACAAAAAUUAUGAUGAAUCUCAUUUGCAAGUUAAGGGCAGAGGAAAACCCCACAGGGUUGAAUAAGGGCUGGUGAGGUUUGUUCUAUGUGGGGGCUGAGUGAGAACUUGCAUUGGUAAAGAAAAUGAAAAAAAAGAGGGGAGCUGUUGGUGCAUGUGUUUUCAAGUAGUUACCUCACUAUGUUAUGCUGGGUGAGGAAGCUUAAUGAAUUCCACUUCUACCCUGAGAUCCCAUUAUGACUGGCUCUGAAACAUGCAAAGGAAGCUCAGUCUCUGCCACUCAGAAUGAACCAGUACCCACCUCCUCACCCUGCCCUCUCCUCAACAUGGCCAGUGUGGAGAUUUGCGGAAUCAUACUUUUUAAGUAGCCAGAAUAGAUUCUGACCCUACGCUUACUUACAGCUCCACUGGGGUCGGACAGGCUUCCUGUUUAGAUAAGAACACCGCGGAGCCGGCAUGAGAUAUGGCUUGGAAAACGUACCUCAAUCCAGGGAUGAGAAAUGCAUUGUACUCUGAAUUGUCCCAUUAUCUCAACUGUUACAUUGAGAAGAUUGAACGACUGAUUGUUUUUAAGUAAACUGACGUUUUUGUCCUCAUGCUAGCUAGCCGUAGCCACAGCAGCCAUUAUGGACUGGCAUGUCGAGUUGAACAACAAAGGAGCUGAUUGGCUGACACUGCCAUUCCAAAAUGGCUGCUGUGGCUUCUGCUACCUACCAUGAAGACGAAAAGGGCAAUUUUCCGGAAAAUCUAGCAGUCGUUCAAUAUUCUCGGUGUACCAGUUGGGAUAAUGGGACAAUUCGGAGUACAAUGCAUUUCUCAUCCCUGGUACGUUUUCCGAGCCAUAUCUCGCGCCGGCUCUGCGGUGUUCUUAUCUAAACAGGAAGCCUGUCCGACCCCAGUGGAGCUGUAAGUAAGCGUAGGGUCGGAAUCUAUUCUGGGUAACUUUUUAAGGUGCUUGAAAUAUGUCCUGUUUGGGUCUCUUUGUGUUCCAGUUGUAAAACCCUAACAUUUAUUUUGUGGUAUCAGUGUUGAAUCAGAAACUCUUAUACAACCUCUGUCUUUGAAUGUGGCAGAGCGGAGGUGCAUGUAUGUAUAUGGUCUUAACGUUUGGAUCACCUUUGGUUGCUUCACGAGGCAGGGAUAUCCAUUCACAUUUUAUUUCUGCAGAGCCAUGGCUGGUCUAUUUGUUUAGUAAAAAUGGUUAUUUACCAGCAUGACUUUUCCACUUUUUUCGUUUUUUUACUACUCUCCAUUUUAAGAACUUAUCCAUUUUUUCUAGAAUUGCAUGUUUUCCCCCCACACUAAUUGAACGAUUGUUGUAGAUAUUGAGAGAGGGAAGUGUUACACAGUCAAGGUAGUGCUCAAUGUCUACAAAUCCUCCAGAGAGCAGAGAUGAUGGGACUGGAGUUAAAUGUUGAUACCUCCUAAUAGCACUGUUUACCUCCCUCUAGGAGUGCCCAUUUCAUGUUCUGUGAUGUGUAAUGAUGGGUCUGAAAAUAAGACUGUUGGCACUUCAGUGCUCAUAAAUAUACUGUCUCCUCAAUAUGUAAGGCCUAAAGCACGUAGCUAAGCCUUCUAACACAUGAGCGGGCUGGGUAGAGAAUGACAGAUGCCUUCUACCCCCUCAGUUCAGUUGCUUAUCUACUCACUGUAAUCAUGAUUCUCUCUAGACUAGAUACUGUCUAGUGAGUGAGACCUGUACGAGGGUAUGUUGUGUACCCUCUGCUCUGCGCUCCUAAAGUUUUUGAGUGGCAAGAGAAGACUGAUAUUGUCUGGCCUUGUGGGUUUGAACUGUCAGAUGCCGCAGGUUGAUAAACCGUUGAUAUGUCACCUGAAAUGCACAGCGACAGCUUCCUCUCUAUCUCUGAUUGGCUAUUGAGCCUGAGUAGUGUCCUAGUCAUGGUUUUCCUCUGAGCUGGCUCUUGGAUAGAUAUGACUGUAUGAAUACAUUAGAUUCAUGCCCACAAAGAGUCAAAUGGUUUUUUAAAUGUUCACACAUUUCAGGUUCAGAUAGGCAACCAAUGAUCUCAAUCUAAGCUAUUAAACUGAUAAUUGAUACUAAAAUGACAUGUAAUAUGGCUCAGGUUGUCAUUUCCUAUCCCUGUCUCUCAAUACAUACAAUGGCACCUGAAGUAAUUCCUCCACGUAAGAGGUAGCCAGUCCACUUGUAGAAAAGCCUUAGUUCUUUAGGUGAGGCUAAAUUGAGUUUGCACAUGCCAGUGGUUAAGGAUGCAGAGGGGGAUGAAAUAGCCAAUCUGAGCCAUACUGUAUAUGUGAGUCUAGCCUAACACUAACAACGGGCCAAGGAAUAUGUUUACCCCCGUGUUUACAUUCCAGUGAAGCGUGAAAUGGGUUAGAAAAUGCACUUCAUGAGUCUGGCUUUAUUUUCACAUGCCAAACAGAAUUAUGAGGUACAUAGCCAACCUGUCAUACAUGAGACUCCUUCUCCCAAGUGGUCUGUCAGAUGUGGUCAAUGUCCCUGCCUGGCAUAGUAAAUAAGCAGUACGUUGUAGGCUUUUUUUGCAUCUCUGUCUUGUACAAUUUAUAUUUAAUUCCAAUGACUCCCCAAACAUUUUUAUAAUGUUUUAUGAAUGAACAUUUUGCAUCCCAUGCUUACACCCUCUACUUUUUUACUGUCACACAUUAUGUUUGAAUGAUCUGAACUACAGCAUUGAUCAGAUAGACAGUCCAAAUAAAGGAGUUACAUUUUU